AUGGGCGAGGAAAGCAACUUGAUUCCAAAGAGAAUAAAAAUAUCCUCAGAAAACAUUGAUCUGCGUGACAGGAGAUUUACAAGGGUCAGCGAGGAAAGAGGAUGGAGAUACGUCGACGAACACAACGACGACGUUGACGAACACAACGACGACGUCGACGAACACAAUGACGGUGACAUAGACGUCGACGAACACAACGACGACGUCGACGAACACAAUGACGGUGACAUAGACAUCGACGAACACAACGACGAUGACGAAGACGUCGACGAACACAACGACGACGACGAAGACGUCGACGAACACAACGACGACGACGACGAACACAACGACGACGUCAACGAACUCAACAACGACGACGAAGACGUCGACGAACACAACGACGACGUCGACGAACACAACGACGACGACGACGAACACAACGACGACGUCAACGAACUCAACAACGACGACGAAGACGUCGACGAACACAACGACGACGUCAACGAACACAACAACGACGACGACGAACACAACGACGACGACGUCGACGAACACGACGACGACGAACACGCUAGCAACGACGAAGACGACGACGUCAGAAAAAGAAGUAGGCCAGGAUGUGAUGAACGACUGAGAUGCUUUAUGGUGCGAGGUCAGCUUUGUGGUGAGAAGAGGGCACACCGGGCCAAAAGCUAUGGGGCUGGCAAGACAAUAGACUCUGCUGGCAAUUUCGACAUAUAA